AAAUGAAAGCACAAAAUGGAACUGUCAAAAACAGCUGGAGCACAGAAUGGAAUUGAUAAACGCAAUUACACUAGUAAACAAUUACACAGCAAACAACCGAAAAAGCAGUCAAUCCACACACACUCAGUAGUGCGACUGCAACAGUUACUAAGUGUGCGUAAAAUGUCAACGUCAGUAAACUUAUCAGCGCUUCGCCUGAAAUACCGUGAGAAGAAAGAAGUUUUUCUAGAAGAAAAUAUUAAAGUGAAGCAACCCAUAAAGCUAUUCCGCGAGUGGCUAGAAGAGGCGGUGAAAACCGAGGAGCUGCUCGAACCAAAUGCCGCUUGCUUAGCAACAGUAAAUAAAGACGGCAAGCCCUCUAAUCGCUUUGUGUUACUAAAAGAUGUCACCGACGAAGGCUUUCGUUUUUUCACCAACUAUGGCAGUCAUAAGGCUCAAGACAUUGACGGUAAUCCAAACGUGGCUAUGACACUUUAUUGGCUGCCACUACGCCGUCAGAUACGUAUUGAGGGCGUGGCUGAGAAGAUAUCCAAAGAAGAUUCACUCACUUAUUUUCAUCAACGUCCGCGUGCCUCUCAAAUUGGUGCCUUGGCUAGCGAACAAAGUUCGCGUAUACCAUCCCGUCAGCAUUUGGAUGAAAUCGAGAAGGAAAUCAAAAACAAAUUGGGUUCAGAUGGCGAAGUGCCACUGCCCAAUUGGGGUGGUUAUCUAAUACGACCGCAUACCAUUGAAUUUUGGCAGGGACAAACCGAUCGCUUACACGAUCGCAUACAAUUCCGCCGUGGACCGGAAAUUGAGAUGGAAGUCGAUGGCAAGUUGACACAUAAAGGUGAAGACGGUUGGGUCUACGAGCGAUUGGCACCAUAGGCAUGACGCUGGAUGUGGACUAGUGCUGUGCUGUGAAGCUAGACUAUAGCCAAGAAAACGGAAAUUUUGUUUUUGUACUAAAAUAAUUUGUAUAUGUAAAAUUAAAAAGUAACGAUAAUAAAAUGAGGCACAAUUCCAUGUAAAUCAG